UCUAUUUAAAGCUAGCAACAACACUCGCCCACGCACAAGCCUUUGUGUGUUGCAGAAUUUCAGCAAUCCCAUUCACCAUUCGAUCUCAAUAGCAGUGACACACCAUGCAUCAUACACAACACUUCUAAAAAAUCGAAUUAAUGAGACAUAUCAGAGAAACAGUCAUGAUAGCGAAAAAUGGCGGCGCGAAUCAUGGUGUAAGCAGCUGGCUGUGCAACGUCACUAUACCGCAUGAACUGCAGGCUCCUCAGUUGGGCGGAGGCAGCGGCGGCGAAAGCACGUGCCGAACGGGCUCCUGGACGCUGGGCGAUCUUCGGUUUUUAAUUUAGCUUUUCUAAGAUGUGGAGACGAGUUGGUAGGUGCCACACACUUGAUUUCGCAAAAUAAGAGAUACCUGUGCACAACUGCCCUUGCCUACAUUGAAGGAGGAAAAAGGGUAUUAAUUAGAAAAAUUGAGGCAUAGAGGACAUUGAUGGUGUGCUUCAUUGACCUCCUUACCAACAAAGAUGCCUAAGGGGUACUCUGAAGAAGAUUUCAUCUUCGCCAAACUUUUCAAAGGCGUAAAUGAAGUAGGCCAAUCGGUCAUGUGUCAACUUGCAAAGGGUAUAUACAGUCUUCCUUUAACAGAUGCAAAUAAUGGGCAUAUGCCCCUGAAAAACUAUUGUGAGACUAAGAGUAUAACCAUAAAUUUGAAUUUCUUUCCAAAUUUGAUGGAGACUGAUAUCACUAAGAAAUCAUUUGAUAUAUCAGCAGCAUACAUAAUUGUGAGAGAUAUCUGUGUAGAUUUUUAUGAGACUUUAAGUGAACAAUGUAAAACGAGUGUGAAAGAUUUAGUAGGAAUGAGGAAUGAAAUUUGUCAUAAAUAUGGGUGCACAGAGGAAGACAUGAAAAGAGAACUUAAUCUGUUAAAAACUAUCAUCAGAAUCAUACAUGAAGAAACUGGAAAACAGUUGGGAAAUAGUUUUAACAUUGAUAUAUCAUUGGCAGAAAAACAUAUUGAUAGCAUUAUAAAUGCAAAAUUACAGGACAACAGCUCUGGUAUUACUCAGAAUGAUAUUGAUAAUUUUAAGGAAAGUCUCCAAUUUAAAAUGAUAUCCCAGGGUCGCACCAAACUUGAUGGCUGCUAUAGUAAGUUGACAGUUCUCAAUCCAUGCACUUGGCUGGGUGAAAUUGACUAUAAAAUCCUCAGUAAGGACUUUGAUCAUACAAAACGUUCAAAGAUUGACAAGUUUAAAGUUGACAAGAUUUACACAACACUGAAAAUUGCAGACAACAGAAGCAAUCUUGAUGUGGAAGACCUGUUAAUUACCACAGUCAGGAAAAAAAGAAAAGAAUAUCUGCCAAAAGUUUUGUUGUUAGAAGGUCAGGCAGGAUGUGGCAAAACAUCUUUGUGUCGUUUCCUCAUUCAUGAAUGGUGUAAGACACUAGACCCCAAGAAUGCCUCAGCCAUUAAGGGCCUGGCAAAGUAUGAUCUGGUUAUUCUUGUUGAGUUGAGAAGGACUCAGUCAGUCACUUUUGAAGAAUUUCUCAGACAUGAUUUGCUGUAUAAAGUAUGUAGGGAUUUCAAGGAUGAAGAUUUUCGGUACUUACUGGAUGAGCUUACUUUGCUAAUUGUUAUUGAUGGUUUUGAUGAAAGAAAGGAUGAUAAAUUAACAAAGGAUAUCUUCCAAACAUGCAAAAAUAAACGCAUUAUUCUUUCAACAAGAACAAAAUGCCUUGAUAAUGCCAAAAGCCUUGCCAGGGGAGAGAUGAUUGAGUUUUUAUCAAUCAGCAUUUGUGGCUUUGACUACCCUGGACUGAAAGAAUUCUCAGAGAAAGUAUUUCAGGCCAUUGAAGAUAAUCCAGAAAAACGAAAACAAGAGCUACAAGAAUUCCAGAGACUGAUUGAUGAAAAGAAACAUAUUGUGAAAGCAAGGCAGCACCUAGAAGACUAUCAACUUCCACUCACCAUUGCUUUUAUCAUAAUCCUUUGGAGAGACAAUCCAGAAGUUAUAAAUCAGAUCAGUACAUCAACACGCUUAUAUCUGGAAAUAUUUAAAUUGUUUCAGAAGAAGCUAAAAGAACGUCUGUGCAAGCUUGGAAAAAACAAAAAACUUGAUGGAAAGUUAAAUGCCUUGUUAUUACUUCUUGGUGAUGUUGCAUGGAAGAUGCUAAAGGAAGGAAAUUAUUUAUUAACUGAUAACCUGUAUGAAUAUAUUAAAACAGAAUGUAAAAAGCGGUCAGUGGAUUAUAUGGAGCUUUUGUCUGCCUUUCUGAUGUGUGAAACCAAUUACAAUUCUGAUGUUGAUGACCUUGUCUUUAUGUUCUUACAUAAGACACAGAUGGAAUAUCUUGCUGCUGUAUACCUAAGUCAUCAAAUACUGAAGAAGAAUGAGACAGCGAAACAAAUUUUCUCCCAAGCACAAGACUGUCAAGAAGUCCUUUUGUAUCUGACUGGUCAUUUGGCAAUUCAUGAGCAAUUGGAUAAAGAUAUCAUAAAUACCAUUGUUGGUAGUUUCAAGUACAAAACAGAUGAUUUUACAUUCUGGUGGGAAUUCUAUUCAGAGAGCCUCUAUAAUGAAGAAAUUGGAAGACUGAUUGUUAAAAAACAGUUACAAAGAGAAAAAUGGAUCCUCAGUGAUGAACAUAUUAUCUGUGGGCUUAGGUUCAUGAGCAAUGACUUGACAAGAAAACUGAAAGAUAUUGAGGUGGAUAUUGAGCAAGAACCUGAUGAUAUCCCACAGAUCCUGGAGGCAAUGAAUGACAUAAUGGAACCUAAGGGAUACAUCAAAUUAAAAUUUCAUAAGCAUUAUAAUCUAGUGAACAGUGGUACCUCUGACAAAUAUCUAAUGGCCCUGAAGCCCUGGGGAAAUCUAACACACUUUGUAGGCAGCCUAUGCAAAGAAGGAUGCCAGGUUCUUCCUAAUUUCGGAAACCUAGUCAAUAUCAGCGUGAAGUUGUCUGAGCCCGAAGCUGUACAAUCACUGAGUUGCUCUUUGAAGAAACUGAAAAAAAUACGGAAUUUACGAGUCAGACUUCCCUUGCCUCCUGGUUGUCAUUUACCAGACUCUGUUGACCUGUAUCCCUGUGAUUCUUUAGAAGUGUGGCUGCCUAGCAUGAGUGAUGAGAACAAGGAAUGGAUGGUGAAGGAAGUCCUCAACAAAGUAGCAGCAGA